CUGCCGAUCCUAAGGAUGUCCUGCUCCAGCCUGUGUGUCCCCAGCUGCGGGGUGGCCACCCCGGCCCCUCUGGCUGACACCUGCAACGAGCCCUGCGUGCGGCAGUGCCCCGACUCCACGGUGGUGAUCCAGCCCCCGGCCUCGGUGGUCACCUUCCCCGGGCCCAUCCUCAGCUCCUUCCCCCAGCAGAGCGCCGUGGGCUCGGCAGGAGCUCCCUACGUGGGAGCCGGCUCCGGGGGCUCCUUUGGAGGCCGUGGUGGCUACGGGGGCUACGGAGGGUUUGGUGGCUAUGGAGGAUAUGGAGGCUGGGGUUAUGGAAGCCGUGGGGGCUACGGGGGUUGGGGCUAUGGAGGCCGUGGGGGCUACGGGGGAUGGGGCUGUGGAGGAUAUGGAGGCUAUGGAGGCUACGGGGGCUCUGGGAGCUGUGGCUACGGGGGCUGGAGCAGUGGCCACCGCUACCUCAAUGGCAACUGUGGGCCCUGCUAA